UCGGCGAGCAGCUCCCGCGGGGCGGCCAGAGCCUGCUCCGCCCGCCCGCACGGCCCGGCCCGCCCGCCUCGGCACGGCGCGGCCCGCUCCGCUCGCCCGGACCGCUCGGCCCCCGCCCGCCUUUAGCCUGGAAGAUGGCGGGUGGCGUGGACGGCCCCAUAGGGAUCCCGUUCCCGGAUCACAGCAGCGACAUCCUCAGCAGCCUGAAUGAGCAGAGGAACAACGGGCUGCUGUGCGACGUGGUCAUCCUGGUGGAAGGCCAGGAGUUCCCCACCCACCGCUCCGUCCUGGCAGCGUGCAGCCAGUACUUCAAGAAGCUCUUCACCUCAGGGUUAGUGGUGGACCAGCAGAACGUGUAUGAGAUAGACUUUGUGAGUGCGGACGCCCUGUCGGCGCUGCUGGAGUUCGCCUACACCGCGACCCUCACCGUCAGCACUUCCAACGUCAACGACAUCCUCAACGCCGCCACGCUGCUGGAGAUCCCGGCCGUCAGGGAUGUCUGCACGGAUCUCCUGGAGAGGAAGAUUCUGGCCAAAAAUGACCAGAUGGAUACAGUAGAUCAAAUUGAUCAGAGGAACCAUCUCAGAGCAAAAGAGUACCUGGAGUUCUUCCAGAGCAACCCCGUGAACGGCCACCAAGGCAGCUUUCCGUGGACCAACCCAGAGUUGAGAGACCUUCAGAGACUGAACUUCCGAGGCCAAGAGGAGGAGGAGGAGUCGAACUGCAACGGCCUGGACUUCUACUCGCAAGCCACCCCAACCGAAAGACCAAAGGCAAGUGACUGUGACCCCGACAGCAACCCGGCCAUGUGGCUGGACCGCGAGGACGAGGAGCCGGUCAGCGGCGGGAUGUUCUCCCCUUCCCAGAACGGACAUUACAGCAGCCGUGGCUUGGCCACCCCGGGAGAAGAGGAGGGGGGCACCCCCAGGGGCCCUCUGGACCCGCAGGAAGCCGGGGACUCGCCCAGCUUCAUCCCCACGGGCACGGAGACGGAGGACGAUGGCAGGGAGGUGGAUGACCUGGCCGCCAGCGCCCUGCUCCAGCAGAUGAUCAACUCGGUGGGGCGGCAGCAGCUCGGCGACGACGACCGCAAGGACGAGGACGGGGUCAUGGAUUAUUACUUGAAAUAUUUCGGCAGUUCCAGCGAGGGCGACGUGUACCCGUCCUGGUCGCAGAAGGUGGAGAAGAAGAUCAGGGCGAAAGCAUUCCAGAAGUGCCCCAUCUGCGAGAAGGUGAUCCAGGGCGCCGGGAAGCUGCCGCGCCACAUCCGCACCCACACCGGGGAGAAGCCCUACGAGUGCAACAUCUGCAACGUCAGAUUCACCAGGCAGGACAAGCUGAAGGUGCACAUGCGGAAGCACACGGGGGAGAAGCCCUACCUGUGCCAGCAGUGCGGGGCCGCCUUCGCCCACAACUACGACUUGAAGAACCACAUGCGGGUGCACACGGGGCUGCGGCCGUACCAGUGCGACAGCUGCUGCAAGACUUUCGUCCGCUCCGACCACCUGCACAGGCACCUUAAAAAAGAUGGAUGCAACGGGAUCCCGUCGCGGAGGGGCCGCAAGCCGCGGGUCAGGGAGGCCGGGGCCAUGCCCCCACGCCCCACGGGCAGCGCCGAGGACGGCAGCUUCCCGGCCCCCGAGGACACGGCCACGGGCAGCGAGGAGCAGCAGCAGCAGCAGCAGCAGCAGCACUUUGAGGAGAAUUCCAAUAACGAAGCGCCGGGAUUGAAUGUAGCAGGAGGGUCGGAUGAGGGUAAUGAGCAAGGACUCUCCUAAACCAAAAAAAAAAAAUCAAAAACAACCCCAACUGGUGAAACAAUGAAACAACCACCUGAAAACAAACAAAGUCACAAAAUCUAGUUAGUACUUUUCCUCCGAUUUUUCUCUUUAAAAGAUGUUUCUCUCCCUUUUUUUUAAGGAAAAAACAAAAAAGCUGCGAAAAAAAGAAAAAAAAAAAAGAGAGAUAUUAUAUUAAUGUUUUCCAAUCUUCCCAUCGUAAGCGGGGCUCUCCCCCGAGGAUCCCUCGUAGCCAAGGACCUUUUCUUGGAAAGGGCAAGGACGCUAGGGAAGCACGAGGUGGGGAUGGAAAGUGGCUCUGUCGCAUGGAAAAGAGCUUCCAUGUAAAUCCAAAGCUUUAUUUUGUGUCCAAACACGCGUUUAAAAAAAAAAAAAAAAAAAAAAAAAGAAAAGAAAAAAAAAGUUAUUUCAGAGAGAGAUCUAUUUAAGAAAAAAAAAAGGAAAAAAUAGAAAAAAAAAAGGAGUGGUAGGAGUUGGAAGGGCUGUGGCAGGGCGGGGUUUGGGAUUUGGGGGCCGGGGGCUCCUUCCCAGGAGAUCGGGGUCAGGAUUUGGGGUCUGUCCCCCCAGCCCCCCCGAGUGCGAGGCUCAGUCGGGCAGCGAGGGCUCCGGGUGGGGAAAAAUUGCUGGAAAUUGCUGGAAAAAUUGCCUAAAAAAACAAAACAAAACAAAAAAAGAAAUCAUGUGAGAGAGGGCAGCAGGUUCGGCAGGGUUUGUGUCGGGCACCCGGGGCUGGGGACGCUGGGGAUGGGGACAGGCCAGGGCUGGGGACAGCAGGGCUGGGGACAGCAGGGCUGGCUCAGCCGUGCCAUGGACUCCUGUCCGUCCCUGUGUCCGUCCCUGUGUCCGUCCCUGUCCCUCCCCGUGUCCCCACAUCCGUCCCCACCCCGCGGUGCCCAGGAAGUGCCUGAGUCAGCCCAGCCCCCGCUGCCGGCAGAAUUUGGGGCUGGGGGGUCCCAAAUCCCCCCCCAGGGAAUUUUUCUUCCCCUCCCCUCCCCCCCCAGGGGUUUUUUUUCCCCCCCACCCCCCUCCAGGGAGUUUUUUCCUGCCCCAAAAACGCCUCCAGGUCCCUUUGGCCAAAAGGUUCUGGGGGGUCUCCCCUAAAGGAGCAGGAGGCCUUUGGGGAGGGGGAGCAGCCUGGCCCCCCAGCCCCCUUCCCAAAAAGAAAAGAAAAUAUAUAUAAAUAUAUAUCUAGAGAUGCUCUAUGGCUGGAGAGGCGGGUCCCGACCCUCGGGGGGAAAAGGCACCUUUGAGUUGGUCACCUGUUUUCUAAAUGCACAUUUUUAAAUGCUAAAAAAAAAAAGAAAAGAAAAAAAAAAAGAGUAAAAAACCAGAGAGAUUUUAAGCCCUUUUAUUUUCAAAGCACUUUUUAGAUUCUCUUCCUUUUAUUUUAAUUUUUUCGUUGGUUUUUUUUGGGUUUUUUUUCCUUUUUUUUUUUUUUUGGUGUUUUUACUUUCAAAAGCAAAAAGCAAAGAGCAGGUUUUGGCCGAAUGUAUUUUGGAGAGGGAGUGAGAGGGGAGUGUGUGCUGGGGGUGGGGUGAGUGGUGGGGCUGGGGGAAGAGAUGGAUGUUUAUUUAAUGCAGAAAAACAAAAAAAAAAGCAAUAAAAAAUUCCAAAAAAAAAAAGCUUAAAAAUAAUAAUAAAACAAAAAAAAGAAAACAAAGAAGUCUUAGCACUUUGCGAUGGAACGGGUACUUUGAGCUCACUUUAUCUUAAUUUAAAAAAAAGCAAGAUUCAAGAUGUUUACAAGUCAAAAAAAAAAACUUUAAAAAAAAGACUUCUACGGAGAAAAAAAAAUAUUAUUAAAAAAAAGCCUAAAUUUAUUUUUGUAAGAAAAAAAAAUGUGUAUAUAUAUAUAUAUAUUUAACAAAAAAAAAAACCUAGAAAAAAAUACAAAUAUAGGCAGAAUCCAAGUGAGAUUGGAGGAUGGGAGGAAGAUGCUAAUUAGGUUCUGUGACAUGCCCUGACCCUCGGGAAUUUUAAAUAGAAAAUAAAAUCCAUGGAAGCUUGAAUUUUAGGCAGGAAUCCUGGGGGUUGUGGCUCGCUCACUGCUCCCCACAGCCUUGAGGAGGUUGGUUGUUUGUUUGGGUUUUGUUGGUGUUUUUUUUUUAAUUCUUUUUUUGUAGAAAUAAUUUUAUUUUUUCGAUGUUUUUUUUAGCCAGUGCCAGCGCAGAGGUGUCGGGAUCCCUGUGGGCUUGGAAAAAUCCCACCUGGAGCAGGGAGACUGGGAUUUGGGCAGGGGGAUUGGGAUAUCAGAUGGGAAAUUGGGAUAUGAGCUAGGAAAUUGGGAUUUGGGCUGGGAAAUUGGGAUAUCAGAUGGGAAAUUGGGAUCCAGGUAGGGAAAUUGGGAUCUAGAUUGAGAAAUUGGGAUUUGGGCUGGGAAAUUGGGAUUUGGGCAGGGGGAUUGGGAUCUGAGCAGGGAAUUAAAUUGGGAUAUCAGAUGGGAAAUUGGGAUAUGAGCUAGGAAAUUGGGAUCCAGGUAGGGAAAUUGGGAUCUAGAUUGAGAAAUUGGGAUCCAGGCAGGAAAUUGGGAUUUGGGCUGGGAAAUUGGGAUCUGGUCAAGGAAUUGGGAUUUUGCCAAGGAAUUGAGAUCUGGGCAGGGAAUUGGGAUCCAGGCAGGGAAUUGGGAUCCGGGCAGGGAAUUGGGAUCCGGGCAGGGAAUUGGGAUCCGGGCAGGGAAUUGGGAUCCAGGCUGGGAUUUGGGAUCCUGGCAGGGAAUUGGGAUCCAGGCUGGGAUUUGGGAUCCGGGCAGGGAAUUGGGAUCCGGGCAGGGAAUUGGGAUCCGGGCAGGGAAUUGGGAAACGGGCAGGGAAUUGGGAUCCAGGCAGGGAAUUGGGAUCCGGGCAGGGAAUUGGGAAACGGGCAGGAAAUUGGGAUCCAGGCAGGGAAUUGGGAUCUGGGCAGGGAAUUGGGAUCCAGGCAGGGAAUUGGGAUCCAGGCUGGGAUUUGGGAUCCGGGCAGGGAAUUGGGAUCUGGGCAGGGAAUUGGGAUCCUGGCAGGGAAUCCCCCUGGGCAGUGCUGGAGGGACCCAGGCCCAGGCUGCCUUUGGGGUUUUCCCAGCCCCUGGGUUUGGAUCCCUCCAGGGAUGUGGCAGUGAUUUCCUGGGAAGGAGCUGGAGGGAUCCCAGACCCCGGGGAUUUGUGUCCCUCCCGUUCCCCCUCUGGGCAGGAGAAUCGGGAUCCCAGCUCCCUGUGGGUCCCCAUCCCUCCCUGAGCAGCAGGUUUGGGAUCUGGGAGUGGAUCCCCCCGGGCAGGGGCUGAUCCCAGCUGGGAUCGGGGGCUCCGGGCGGGGCCGGCCCUCUGGCAGCGCCGGCUGAGGAUUUUUGGGAAUAUGCAAAGAAAAUUCCGGGUGGAUUUGGGAAUCCGAGUUGUGCUCGGGGUUGUGGUGGCUCCUCCCGUCCUGCUUUUGGGGUUUUUUCCCCCUGGGAUUUUCCCACCCUCGCUGCUGCUUUUCCUUCCCCCUUCCCAAUCCCAAAGGAAUUUUGGGGGCUCUGGGGAAGCAGCACCGGGAGGGGGUGAAGGGGGUGGGAGCUUCCAGGUGUGCAGAGAAAGGGGAAAAAGGGGAAGGAAAAAUAAAGGGGGAUUGAUAAAAAAAAUAUAAAGAAGGAAAAAAAGGGGGGAAAAGGAAAUUGGAGGGGAGAAAUAAAAGAGGGAAAAUGAGGGAAGGAAAGGGGGGAGAAGGAAAAAUGAGAAAUUAAAGAAAGAAAAAAAGGGGUGGAAAAAGAGGGGGGAAAAUGAGAAAAGAAGGAAUAAAUUGGGGGGGGGGGGCAAGGGGAGAAAAACAGGGAAGGAAAGAAGGAAAAGAGGAAAAAUACAAAGGAAAAAGAGCACAAAGGAGGAAGAGGAGAGAGGAGCAGACUCAGGAUUCCCCCAGCCAUGUCCCCUCCCUGUCCCCCACACUGGCAACACUUUAGCACAAGGUGAAGUUUGCACUAAAAAUAAAUCAAGAAAAAGCAAAAAAAAAAAAAAAAAAAAAAAAGCUCUAAACCCCCCAAAUCCCCCAGGAUUGUCCCUGUCCCGUCGCCUUAAACCCCCACCCCAAAAUCCCCCCCGUAGCUCAGCAUGGAGAUUUUUGUCUUUAUUCUGAUUAAUUUUAAUUUCAUUUGAAGUUUUUGGGUUUUUUGGUUUUUUUGUUUUUUUCUUUUUUGAAUCCAGGUUGGGAUGAAAGUGUUGCCAAAGAAAGUGCUGAGUUACGGUGGGAAGAGAGACAGGGAGAGAGAGGAAUAAUAAUAAUAAAAGUUAUUAUUAUUAAUAAUCAUCAUCAUAAA